AUGGCGCCCAACAUUGAGGCUGAAGCGCCUCACAACAACUUCGACACGAUCCUCGUUCUCGAUUUCGGCUCUCAAACAAGCCAUCUUAUCCUGCGUCGUCUUCGGUCUCUCGGUGUCUUCGCAGAGCUGCUUCCGUGCACCACCAAGAUCGCUGAUCUGUCAUGGAAGCCCAAGGGAAUUGUGUUCUCUGGAGGCCCUUCUUCUGUCUACGACGAGGGCUCGCCCCAUGUUGACCCCGCUGUCUUUGAGCUCAACGUCCCGAUUCUGGGUAUUUGCUAUGGUUGCCAAGAGAUCGCAUGGCGCAUCGACCAAACGAAUGUUGCCCGCGGAGAAGCACGAGAGUAUGGCCAUGCCGACGUCAAAAUUGCCAAGGUUAAUAGCAAUGUCGACCGGCUCUUCGCUGGUUUGGGGGAUGAAAUUUCCGUGUUCAUGUCCCACUUUGACAAGCUAGUUAGCCUGCCUAAGGGGUUUGUGAUCAUUGGUGCCACCAAGAACUCAGAGUACGCCGGCAUCGCCCACGAGGAGAAGCCCAUCUUUGGCGUUCAGUUCCACCCUGAGCUCGAACACGUUCGUAUCCCCAAAGGCAUUAUACAUGGAACCACAUCUGACAUUCAGAUCCAGACACCGCGCGGAAGCGAGAUCCUCCGCAACUUCAGUGUUGAUAUCUGCGGAGCGCAACCUAACUGGAAAAUGGGCGACUUCGUCCCUCUCGAGAUCGCUCGCAUUCGCGAUCUUGUUGGUGACCGAGCACUCGUUCUUGGGGCUGUUAGCGGUGGUGUGGAUAGCACUGUCGGAGCAGCCCUCAUGCGUGAGGCCAUCGGGGACCGCUUUAAAGCCAUUCUCAUUGACACUGGAUGCAUGCGUCUCAACGAAUGUGAGGAAGUCAAAGAAACGCUCGGCAAGCACCUGGCCAUUGAUCUCACCGUUGUUGAGGCUGGCGAGCUGUUCAUGAGCCGUCUUGCGGAUGUUUCUGACCCCGAAAAGAAGCGGAAAAUCAUUGGGUCGACUUUCAUCGAUCUGUUCGAGAAAGAAGCUAUUAGGAUCGAGAAAGAAGCGGAGAACACACCCAACACCGGGAAGGUGGAAUGGUUUUUGCAGGGGACGCUGUACCCUGACGUUAUCGAGUCUUUGAGCUUCCGCGGGCCUUCGGCCACUAUCAAGACUCACCAUAACGUCGGCGGUCUGCCUGAGCGAAUGAUGAACGGCCAAGGGUUGCGUCUCAUUGAGCCGCUCAGACUUUUGUUCAAGGAUGAAGUGAGGGCAAUUGGUCGACAACUUGGCAUCCACGAGUCGCUCGUCAACCGGCACCCCUUCCCGGGCCCUGGCAUUGCCAUUCGCAUCCUCGGCGACGUCACCAAGGAGCGAGUAGAGAUCGCCCGCAAGGCCGACCACAUCUUCAUCACCAUGAUCAAGGAGGCCGGACUUUACGACCAGAUCUCUCAAGCAUUUGCCGGUCUCGAUACUAACCGCAGCGUCGGUGUCUUUGGUGAUCAGAGAGUUUGGGGCUACAUUGUGAUUCUCCGCGCUGUUCGUACCAAGGAUUUCAUGAGCGCAGAGGUGUUUAACUUCGAUAACUCCUUCCUCAUGAAUGUUUCGCGCACCAUCUGCAACCAGGUAGAUGGCGUGUCCCGUGUCGUCUAUGAUCUCACCUCAAAGCCUCCUGGCACUAUUGAGCUGGAGUAG